CUCGGGGUGAAGUGUUAUGCCCUUAAUAAAAAAAAGGCUUUUAAUCUGACACAGCGGUUACGUGACCCGGAUGCACUUAGUAGCUUAGCCUGUUAGCUAGCGACCAAUGUACGCAUGCAAACAACGGCGAGAGACGACGGGAGCAGCACCCCCCCUGCGCUUCGGCCAGGUGGUCAUUGGACCCCCGGGCUCGGGAAAGACCACUUACUGCCGGGGAAUGCAGGAAUUCCUCACUCAACUCGGACGCAAGGUGGUUGUGGUGAACAUGGACCCUGCCAACGAAGGACUUCCGUAUUCCUGUGAGAUAGAUAUCUCGGAGCUAGUCACCCUGGAUGACGUCAUGGAGGGCUUGAAGCUGGGGCCCAACGGUGGGCUCCUCUACUGUAUGGAGUACGUGGAAGCCAAUCUGGACUGGUUAGAGAAUAAAUUGAAAGAGCACAGUGACUGUUACUUCCUGUUCGACUGUCCUGGACAAGUGGAGCUCUACACCCACCAGAGUUCAGUGAAGAAUAUAUUUGCACAGCUGGUCAAGUGGAAUUUCAGGCUGACGGCCGUGCACCUGGUGGACUCUCACUACUGCGCUGACCCAGCCAAGUUCAUCUCUGUGCUGUGCACCUCUCUGUCCACCAUGCUGCACGUGGAGCUUCCCCAUGUCAACAUCCUCUCCAAGAUGGACCUGAUAGAGCAGUAUGGCAAACUGGCCUUCAACCUUGACUUCUACACAGAGGUCAUGGAUCUGACCUAUCUUCUCGAUCACCUCGCUGCAGACCCCUUCUUUAAAAGGUUCCAUCGUCUAAAUGAGAAGUUGGCCGAGGUCAUACAAGAUUAUAGCCUUGUCUCCUUCGUGCCCCUUAAUGUACAGGAAAAGGAGAGCAUGAUUCAGGUCUUACGAACAGUGGACAAAGCCAACGGCUACUGCUUUGGAGACGGGGAGGAGAGGAAUCUGCAGGCCAUGAUGUCAGCUGCUGUGGGUGCAGACUUCCAGUUUGACUCUACUCUUGGCGUGCAGGAGCGAUAUAUUGAAACUGGGAAAAAGACUGUGGAGGAGGAAAUGAUGGAUCUGUGAAGUGAAGAGCCCAAAUAAAGAGACAAAACUGGUUGCCUUUUUAGCAUCAGGAUACCAAGGGAGUCUUGGCAACAUCCAUCUAACUUGGCCGGGAUUCUGAGCUUUGCUACAAAAGUGGCAGUGGAGUGAUGGGAACUAAAUUUGGCUGUUUGUAGAUGCUUCAAGGUUGCACCUCACCUCAUACAAAUCACAAUAAGGAUCGCUGAGUGGACUAAAUGCAAUGCUUUACUGCAGUCAUCUCAGUGAUCACAGAUAUUGUUUUUGUCACAGGGAUAUUUUCAAUAAAUGCCUUUUACAUUUUAUUUAAACAUAUCAAAUGUAAAGACCCUCAUUUUGGUCUGGUUUUGUUAAAUGUUUAUGGUCUCCUCAUUUUAUACAAUGCAAAAAUAUCUGCACAUUGUGUGUGUCACAGGGAGGUCAUAUUCAUUCUGAAAGAAGGAAGUGACUGCAAUUUAUAUUUAGGCACGGUUUUGUUCUUUCUAUUGAAAGGCAUUGACUAAAAAUAAAAAGAUUUAUGUUAAA